AUGGCCACUCCCAUCGAUGCGCCGGCCCGCGAGGAGGUCGUCGACAAACGCAACGACACCACCGCCCACAUCGCGACAGAGGAAGGCGCCAGCGAAGACUCGGCCACCGAGAUGAAUGUCGACGAAAAGACGGCCACACGAGAGGCGCAUCCGACCAAAGGAGACGAAGAUGCCGACGGCAUCAAGGCCGAGCCCACGGCGCAGGUGCUGCACCAUGCGCCGACGACGCCCGGCGUGGACGAGAACAACAUUGUCUUUUGGGACGGUGAUGACGACCCGCACAAUCCGUACAACUGGAAGAGAUGGGUCAAGGUCUUCAACUGCGUUCUCAUCAGCGCGCUGACGUUUGUCACGCCAUUGGCAUCGUCCAUGUUUGCGCCUGGUGUGCCCAGCCUCAUGCGCGAGUUCAAGUCUGACAGCAAGGAGCUCGCCUCUUUUUGCGUCUCCGUCUACAUUCUCGGUUUCGCCGCCGGCCCCAUGCUCUUUGCGCCCUUGUCCGAGCUCUACGGUCGGACGCGCAUCUAUCACGUCUGCAAUAUUGGCUUCAUCGCCUUCCUUAUUGGUUGCGCCCUUGCACCCACCCUCAACGCCCUCAUCGUCUUCCGCUUCUUCUCCGGUGUCUUUGGUUCCUGCCCGGUGACCAAUGGCGGCGGCAGCAUCUCCGACAUGAUCACGCAGCAGAAACGCGGCGCCGCCAUGGCCGGCUUCUCCAUCGGCCCUCUCCUCGGCCCCAUUAUCGGGCCCGUCAUUGGCGGCAUCGUCGCCGACAAGCUCUCCUGGCGCUGGGUCUUCUGGAUCCUCGUCAUCAUCUCUGGUGUCAUCUCCUCGCUCUUCUUCCUCCUCUCACGUGAGACCUACGCGCCCGUGCUUCUCCAGCGCAAGACGGACCGCCUCAUCAAGGAAACCGGCAACAUCAAUCUCCGCUCGAAGCUCGAUGCGGGUCUGACCCCGCGGGCGCUCUUUACCCGCGCCAUCCUGCGGCCGUUUAAGCUGCUCGCCUUCUCCCCCAUCUGCGCCAUCUGCAACAUUUUCGUGGGUAUCGCAUACGGAUAUCUGUACAUCAUGUUCACGAGCAUCACGCCGCUGUUUGAGCAACAGUACGGCUUCAACAGCAUCCACGCGGGGCUGGCGUUUCUGGGGCUCGGCGUUGGCUCCAUGAUUGGUGUCGGGUAUUUUUCCACCGAAAGUGAUCGCUAUAUGAAGAAAAAGGCCAAAGAGGCCGGCGAGCUCGCCGCCGACGAGGAGGAGAUGGCACGACGGCCUAGUGUUAGUGCCAUCAAGCCCGAGUACCGCCUCCCGCCGCUGCGCGCCGGGGCCAUACUGCUCCCUGUCGGCCUGUUCAUCUAUGGCUGGACGGCGCAGUACAAGGUGCACUGGAUCGUGCCGAUUAUUGGCACCGCCAUCAUGGGUAUUGGAAACCUGAUCAUUUUCAUGUCGCUGCAACUAUACCUCGUCGACACGUUCACCAUUUACGCCGCCUCUGCCCUCGCCGCCAACUCGGUUGUGCGUUCACUGCUCGGCGCCGUUCUCCCGCUCGCCGGCGGGCCAAUGUACGAGAAACUCGGCCUGGGCUGGGGCAACAGUCUGCUGGCAUUCAUCGCCGUGGCGCUGAUUCCCGUGCCGUGGCUGUUUAUGCGGUAUGGCGAGUAUUUGCGCAAAAGAUUUGCAAUUGAGAAUCUGUAA